GUUUGAUAAAUCAGUUUGUGUGUGUGUUUGCGUUAAAAGCGCUUUCGCUUCUGCUCGAUGUGGCUCAAACGGGGACCAGUAGUGACGUCAGUGUAUGGAAAUUGUCACAGUGGCAAGAUGGCGACGGAACCAAAUAAGACUGAAAUACUGACUAUUUUCAAAAGGUUGAGAUCCGUCCCGACCAACAAGGCAUGUUUUGACUGUGCAGCCAAGAACCCGAGCUGGGCCAGUAUCUCCUACGGUGUGUUCCUGUGCAUCGACUGCUCCGGCAUCCACCGCUCCCUGGGAGUGCACCUCAGCUUCAUCAGAUCUACCGAGUUAGACUCCAACUGGAACUGGUUUCAGCUCAGAUGCAUGCAAGUCGGAGGCAAUGCCAAUGCGACGGCGUUUUUCCGCCAGCAUGGCUGCUCCACGAACGACACCAACGCCAAGUACAACAGUCGUGCUGCUCAGAUGUACCGGGAGAAGAUCCGGCAGCUAGCUAACGCUGCGCUGUCCAAAUACGGCACAGAUCUCUGGUUCGAUUCGUCUGCAGCAAACACUCCUGCACCUCCGGAGAAGAAGGAGACGGACUUCUUCGCUGAACACACACAGCCCUCUAACGACUGGUGCAUGGCGCCGCCCUCGGAGGCGUCCGAGCAGAACGGAGCCGCUGUCACAGCCAACCUGACCGACACAAUGUCCAAGAUCCAGGAUGAGAACGCUCCAGAGGACGGACCCAGCAUCGACGGCCUGAGCACAUCACCCAAAGCCUCCAUUG